ACAUUUAUCACAGUAUUUAUGGCGUAAGUCGUGUAUUUUUUACGUAAAUUGUUUUCCGAAAAUUGUCCUCAGCGAAUCUCGAACGAAUUUUUGAUUCCUUCGUACAUUCGAGUUGAUAUUGCACAGAUUUAUGUAGUUUCUUAAUGUGUGGUGUACCACACUUUUCUAGGCUGCUCCAGAAGACAUGAAGGAAGAAGUGUUUCACAGUAUAAUGUAGUAAUAUUGUUUUACAUAAUUUAAACAUUUAUUUUGAAUAAUUUAUUUGAUCGAUUGGAUAUAUAUUUUUUAUUCAGUAUAUGUUUAACUGAAUUAAUUAUACGUAAUUUAUAUGUAUAAUGGAUACAGCAGACGAUUUUUCAAAUAAAGUACUAGUCGAAAGAAAUACAAUGCCUCAAGGUAUAUCGUUAGUCGAUCCAGGUGCUGUAACAAAAUCAACCCAACAGGAUUUAAUGGCAUUGGUUGCAGAAAUUGAAAAAGCAGACAACUGUGUAAAAGCCAAUGCAUGUAACAAGUUACAAGUGAUCGCCGAACAGAUCAGAUUUUUGCAAAAGCAGGCUGAGGGUAUUUUGUUGGAAGCAGAACGGAACGCCAAACUGCAUCAUGUACCUUGCAAUUUCGUAAAGCAGCCCAAUCACAUAUAUCAUUUGUAUCAACGAGAAUCAGGACAGUUUUACUUUUCCAUGCUCAGCCCAGAAGAAUGGGGCAGUUGUGCUCCAUCGCAGAACUACAAGGGCUCCUUCAGAUUGGAACAAGAUCGUUCGUGGACCCCACUGUCUCAAUUGCAGGUGAAAAAUGACGAAUUGAACUUGCUGCAAAAAUUCUUACCUUCCAACACGUCUACAAACGCCUUAUUACAUUCUGUUAUAUUAAACACCAGUACGUAACGUUAUUAGUGAAUUUGUUAUAUUAUAAUUAAGUUAUGAAAAAUGCAAUUUAAGAACAAAACACGUUGAUCGAGAAAAAUUUAGCAACACUAUUGAACUAACUUAUCUUAGUUUGAUGGAUUAAGCGUUUUCGUCGUGUAACUCAACAAAUUUAUUUCGUGAUUAUAAUAUCGAGCUAUUUAUAAUCCCUAUUUGUAAACGUACAUACAAAUAUACUUUACAUAGGUAUAUAGAAUAGAUGGCUAUAUGGGUAUCUGUAUUUUAUAUUACUAUUAUAAAUUAUAUACAUAAUUUUUCAAAGUUACGUAUAUAAUUAUAUACAUUUUUUAUCGUCUGAAAUCGUAUCUAUUUUGUACAAGAGUAAAUUGUACGCUAAUACUUUAAUUCCGGUGUAAGUUCAGUAAUCAACUGUGCAAUUAAUUAACAAAUGUUUUUCUCUAUAUGCAAUAAUAUGCAUAACAUAGCUAUGGCUGAUUAUUUUUGUAUCUAUUCAUAAUGAUCUUUAGAUGGCUGUCAAAAGAUCAAUAUGAUCCUUGGAAUUAUAAUACAUUAUGCAGUAUUUCAUGUAGCAUGUCAUUACACUUCUAUAGGCAGUAAAUAAGAUGUGUCCAGGUU